UUGAGCUUCUUAACUUGAUGACACGUUGAGAGAAAACCCUAUAGGCUACAAUAAUAAACCUAAUAAAAGAGUGUGCGGAGGAUCCAUAUCAAUAAACGUAUGUAUCUCUUCCACUUUGUAGUCAUUUCAUUUCACACUUUCUAAUUUUUCCUCCCAAUUUCACACCAAUUAAUCCACUGAUUACUCAAAAUCAUCAAUUCCAUAACCAUGACCUCAGUUCAUCUCUUUCUCAACAAUUCUCUUUCUCCAGCGACCAAUAUUCACCGUUGGAUUAAGCUCGAAAGUGGAAGAUUCCCACUUCCGUUCAGUGGCGGAAGAGUGGUCUCCUGUGCUACCGUGGACGUGCGAGCAGCAGAUUCUGUUGCGGCGGCGGCGGCGGCGAAGCUGAGGAGUAAGGAGGUGAUGGAGGCGGAAGCCAAGGUUCUGGUAGGGACGUACGCGAGAGCUCCGAUUGUGCUCUCCAGUGGCAAGGGCUGUAAACUGUAUGAUAUCGAGGGGCAAGAGUAUUUGGACAUGACCUCUGGGAUUGCAGUGAAUGCGCUCGGCCAUGGCGAUCCUGAUUGGGUCAGAGCUGUUACAGACCAAGCCAAUGUGCUCACCCAUGUCAGCAAUGUCUACUAUUCUAUUCCACAGGUGGAGCUCGCAAAACGCCUAACUGCUUGUUCUUUUGCGGAUCGCGUCUUUUUCUCAAACAGUGGAACAGAAGCAAAUGAAGCUGCCAUUAAAUUUGCAAGAAAAUUCCAAAGGUUUUCGCGUCCUAAUGUGCAACAGCCACCAACAGAGUUCAUUUCAUUUAGUAAUAGCUUCCAUGGGAGGACCAUUGGUGCUCUUGCUUUGACUAGCAAAGAGAAUUACAGAACACCUUUCGAACCUCUCAUGCCUGGAGUUACUUUCUUAGAGUAUGGGAAUGUUCAAGCUGCAAAAGAACUGAUUCAAAGUGGCAAGAUUGCUGCAGUAUUUGUGGAACCUAUCCAAGGUGAAGGAGGCAUACACAGUGCCACCAAGGAGUUCUUACAAUCUCUUUCUAGUGUUUGUCAUGAUGCUGGCUCUCUCCUGGUUUUUGAUGAGGUUCAAUGUGGCUUAGGGAGAACCGGUUAUCUCUGGGCACAUGAAGCCUACGGUGUAUUCCCAGAUAUGAUGACUCUUGCAAAGCCCCUUGCCGGAGGUCUACCCAUUGGAGCUGUACUACUAACUGAGAGAAUCGCUGCUGCCAUAAAUUUUGGAGAUCACGGAAGCACUUUUGCCGGUGGGCCCCUUAUUUGCAAUGCCGCCAUUACCGUUCUUGAUAAGAUCUCAAAGCCAACAUUCUUGGCCAGUGUCUCCAAGAAAGGUAAGCAUUUCAAGGAAAUGUUGAUGCAAAAACUGGGAGGAAACUUGCACGUGAAAGAAAUACGAGGACUAGGCCUUAUUAUCGGAAUAGAGCUGGAUGUACCUGCCUCGCCACUUGCGGAUGCGUGUCGGAAUUCUGGUCUUCUGAUAUUAACUGCUGGGAAAGGAAAUGUUGUUAGGCUUGUGCCACCACUGAUUGUUUCUGAGCAGGAAUUGGACCGUGCUGCUGAGAUACUGCUUCAAUGUUUGCACGUACUCGAUGAGAGUGAACCGAAGUAAAAAAGGACGAAAAUUUCAGUGUGUUUGCUUCAAAAAAAAUCCCAGAUAUGAUUGUUUGUAUGGUUAAAUUUGUGGGAAUUUUGUGACUCAAAUAUAAGCAAUGUAGACUACCCCUAUUGAAUAAAAAAUCCCCAGGUUUUCAUUAAAA